AUGCAGUUUGAUCCACUGCCAGAAAGUGAGGAGGAGAGAAUUAGAACUCUUCAACUGAACGAUGCAAAGAUUCUGGAUGUUUUAAGACAAACUCCCACACCAUUUUUCACACUUAUUUAUACAUCAUCUACAGGUGAAGAUUUUGACCCACAAGCGGAGCACCGUCGCCAACGUCAUUGGGACAUUUUUGCUGAUAUUGUUCGCCAAAAAAGGGAUCCAAGGAAUCGUGCUUUAUGGAAACAGCAUCAGGAACGAGCAAAAAAGGAGCUCAGUGAUGAGCCAGUGAGUGCUCUCCCUCCAAGAGCCGAAUUCAUGCGUCAGAAAGAGCGUGAGAAAUCUACUACAGCUCUGUCGGUCUCUACUCAAAGCUAUCAGACCAAAAGUAAUUGGGUCUACGAUAAAAUUAUGAAUAUAGAUUGGGAGAGGCUAGAUAAUCUCUUCAACACGGAUAUUAUUGUCGGCAUUGUUCUUACCAAUGCCGCAAUUCUCUGUAUAUAUUUUGGUUUCAAAGCCAUUAGCGCUAUAUUUGCCUUUGCCUUUCAGGCACAAUAA